AUGGAUUGGCCCCAAGAUAACGCUUGCUUGAGCCAAAAGACCGCGGAUCUAGAGAGGCUUUUCAAGUACAGGCCACAGUCAUCGAUUGUUAUCGAAGUUGUCGAGAAUAGCGGUUUUCGAAUGCAAAUAUGGUCACUAGGGACAGAAAAUGAGUGGGCGCAAUGGUUACAUUGCCAAGCUAGUAAUAAUCCCUCCGAUCGCGGCUUCGUUCUGAUACUCGCAAAACGUGCUGGAGAAGUCUCAGGAUGCGAACCUUCAGAAAACCCCAUGACUUACUCCGAAUGGCGGGGGAAGCUGGAUGCGAACGCUAUACCCAAAGCUAGCAUUCGGCGGACCACAACCUUUGCGCCACUUGGAGACAACAAACAAACAGGGCCCUCAAUAGAGGCUCAUAACACGUCGGUACGACAGAAAGAGCAAAGCAUCCGUACAUUACCAUUCUCAGUUGAGACUUUCAAGAGCAUAUGCGAGCAGUUUCAUAUCCAUGAAUCCAUUACGCGAGCUAUGAGCCGUUCCGACGUUCCAAGCUUUAGUUGCGAUAGUGUAAAGAUGGGACAACCAGCUUAUGUAUAUAACUGCCGUACGUCAAACUCAUGGGAUUCAGAUCUCGCCCUAACAGCGACAUACUAUCCGAAAUUCGGGUUUACCUACGCGAUGAUUUUCGGCUGCCCACAAAGUGUCGAAAGGUCGAUAGUGGAGAGGCUUCGUACAGUCACAUAUGAAGCUACGCAUCCACUACUACUCCCGGGAAUAUUUUCAGAACUGGAAAUGAUUCGACAUAAGAGAUUAGUCGAGACAAGCAUCAACGAUGUGGAGGCGAAGAUCUUUGAACUAGAUUUUCAGGCUAACGAAGUGCAAUACCUCAGCAAAGACGAAAUUGAGAAGCGCAAUGAAGCAAAGAGAACAUCAUGGCUCGACUUGACGUACCUAAGAAACUCACUCAUCACUUGGAAUACACAGACCUUGAAGAUGUCGAAACAUGCAGAGGAAUUAAAUGCGAAACUCUUCAACCCGUGCAAUGCGCAAGAAAUUCGCUCUCAUCGAGCAGAAGCGGAAGAAACCUCUAGAAACCCCAUAUACCUAGAGCACCGCAGUGCUUUAUUGUCGAAAUUAGUACCAGGUAGCUGCACCAGCGAGAAGCAACUGAUAAAGAGCAUGGACGUGGAAAGUGACUCGGGUCAACUAAAAGCAGAUAUAGUUUAUCUGGAGCAGAUGGAGAGCGUCGGAAAUAAAAUAAGGUUUAGACUUGAAGCUAUUAGGGAUGAGUAUGACGAAAAGAUAAGAGACUGUACUAUGCGGGUUGAAGGGAUGGCCAUGGCAACUCAAUGGGCACAUAGCGAGACGGCGGUCGAAGUCGCACUUGCUACGAGCCGAGACUCCAAAGUCAUGCGAUCCAUCUCUUUGGUCACGAUGGUUUUCCUUCCGGGAACAUUCUUCGCAAGUAUUUUCUCCAUGUCCUUCUUCAACUGGUUUGGUAGCGAAGGUAAGAGCAGAAUUUCUAGCUCAGUGUGGAUCUAUGUAGUCAUCACUGUGCUUUUCACAGGUGUUACUAUUGGGUUAUGGUAUUUUUUCGUGAUACAUCGAAGCACGAAGCGCAAAGUCGACGAGGAGAAAGUCAUAGUAGACUGAUAUGGAACAUCUACGACAUCCCCGCACAUACAGAGAGGGAACGGGUAUCUUGGUCACAUCAGAUUGUGGUGUUACACAGAGUCAUUCUGGGAAGGUAUCUCACACAAUAUAGUUAGGAAGCC